AUGGCGACCAAAGAUCUUGCCGCCAGAGGGUUGGAUGUCGCCGCUCGCAGCAUUGACCUGCUGACCGUCCUGGGCGAGCUGUCUAACCAGGCCAGUCCAAUGUAUCAGAUGGCCAUAGACUUCGCUCGCUGGCUGGAGCGAGAGAAGUUGAAUCACUGGCAACUCCAGUCCUGCUUAAGACUGGCUCGGGAUCUUGUUCAACCAAACGACGCUGGGCUCCAGUUCUUCUCAAUGGUGCUCAGCGGGUCGCGGACCAGGGCCGUCGGGCCACUCUUCACUCAACCUCACGGCUCCCUUGGCCGGUACCUGACAAAAGAUGACCAUCUCAGAUGGAUGACCUCAACAAUAUCCUGUCUAUUUGAGUAUCACAGCGAAGGCUUCAUCUCCGAUACGCUUUGCGCUUUCGUGAUGCAGUCCAACCUUGCUAGAGGCCAAAAGCCAUUAUCUGAGCACCGGUUAGCUCACCAUCCCAUGCGCCUGGAGGUCAAGCCAGUCAUCAAUAAGGUCGUAUCCAGUAUAUGGUGUAAUGUGGUCAAUUCUCUUGGAAUUGAGCAAAUGUCUGGAAGUGUCCUCCGGUUACCGAAGGAGCUUCAAGAUAUUUGUCCCCGCGGGCACCAUUUGGAGAGCCAUACGCUAGGGCUGGCGAUGAGUAAGAUCUGUGACAGUCCAGCGGAAGUAAUUAUCGAAAGCGAACAUCUUCUUACCAACCUUACGCUAUGGCUCGUUCUACACUUCCACGGCAAACUUCGCGUGGUUGUCAGUGGAGCCACCGUGUAUGAGAAAUAUCUCGGAGACGAAGAGAGACGCAUCGAAAUCCGCACCAAGAGGUUCUGCGAUUCCAACAGCGAAUGCAAAUCCGACUCAGAGAAGCCCAUGUUUAAGAUGUACACAAUAGUGGGUAGCAAAUUUGAUGCUCACAUGCUUUCCGGCAUGUAUGACACACAAAUGACAAUUGAGAGUGUUCCCCGAGCACGACAACCACUCUACAAGAGUCCAGUGUCAUAUUCGGGGAGUGCCGCAUCUCUCAGCCUCAAGCUUCUCACUCGGUCUGCCGCCAAAAAAAUCAUGGCCUGGUUGCUCGACUGCAAAGUCGAAAAAAACUGGGGCAACCAGCUAUCUUUCAGAGUCCUGCAUGACGUCAACUCUCAAGGCAUUAACCUCACUGUCGCCGACGUCGUGCGCAAAGUGCCUCUCAUUAGGAACAUGGACUGGGAUGUAAUGGACCAUGCGGCCGCCGUUGUAUUCAUGCAGAGGAAAGCCCCAACCGUUGACGAAUGGCUUGAUGCUGAGCUUUCCGAAGACGAAAUGAUGGGCACGUCUGGAACAAGCGAGUACGAUGAAGAUACCCCUGUAGAGCUCCUGAACUAUUUCUCCAUCCUCCACGAUCUCUAUGCAAAGGUUAGGCAAAGCUGCAAGUGUCAUGUGUGCAGGUCUUCGAAACGCAAGUUUCAUCUUAAUCAAGGGUGCCUUCAGCGCAGAGUUCUCCAUGAGGUUCUGUUCUAUAUAGCUCAUGCCAUUGCUGACGGUUUCGGGGCUUCUGAUGCUUCCUCGAGAUCCGCCGCUCAAAUCGAAGCCGACGAUAUGGGCGUAUCUCGAAUUCUGCUGGACGCCGUAGACCCGACACGACAGGAAAUCAACUGGCAUUCCUGGCUAAAUACCGCUAGUCGGGUCGUCCUAGGAUGCCCUUCGCUUGACGACCUUGACGGGGCCUCGAGCAGAGAUGUGCACUAUACGGAGAAAAUGAAUUUCUCCGAGACAAAACUUCUCACUACGAGCACAGUAGCAGUGCAGUUCGGGGGCCUAGCUGUUAUUGCACCGUGGCUUGAACUUGCCGCGCCAAUUUCAAGAAGGGGCUGCUUUGGGAUGAUUGUAGUGAGAGGCCAGGUUGGUGUCAUCGCAAACGGAUUUGAUGGUAGCAGUCAUUUCCUGGCAGUGGAAGCAGAGACAGCGGUGACCCAAACAUUACCGACAGAGGAGACUUCGUAUUUCGUCAACAGCUUUCCGAAGAAACCAGAACUCCCAGACAGCGAUAUAACAAUCCCGACGGAUCACUCUGAGGUCAGCAGCGACUACAUUCUUGUUGCGGACGGACAGACUCUAUACAAACUGCUCAUGCGAGUCUCAUCCGGCAGCCAUUCCCGUUUGAUCGAUCCGAGUCUUGCUAUGCUCAAGCUUUCUCAAGGUCUACCCACAUUAACUUGCCACCACGCCAAGGGCCCAAUUAUGCGAUCUCCGCCACUUCCUCGACUGUUGAAAACAUACGCAUUUGAAGAUCUGUUGGGCCGCUGGUCGGCCGUUUCUCCACCCGCAAGCAAUGACGAGCCAACCGACAGUGAGACCGUCCGUCAAGCGCAGUGGGAUGAAAAAGGGUUCGAAGUGCCAACACCCACAGACCAUCAACGAUACUCCGAGGAGGCAAAGCCUAACAUGCCAUCGACUUAUCACUGCUCCUUUGGCCUGGAUACAUAUUUCAAGUACCAUGUUGCUUUAGCACUAGCCCUCGAUCAUGUUGCGAUAGCAAAUCAUGGGGGUAGCUGCAUGAACUGCGCUCUAGAGUCGGUUCCGAAAAUGAAAGCAUUGGACGGGAUUGACGAUCCAAACCACGACCGUUGGGUAAUCAACAGAACAGCGGACGCCACCAGAUCUAGGCCGAAGGAGGCAAUCUUGCAAGCUCCGGUGAGCAAGGGCAUCGAGACGAAAUCAUUGAAAAGAUUGAGGUAUGGAGAUUCUGGGCCGGAGAGCGAAGCGCAAAAAUGA